GGAGUCAGGGCUGGGGAUUGGCGGCUGUUUAGAGGUCACAAGCCCUCCCAGCGCUGCCGCUGUAUUAAACCGCUCCCCGGGAAAAGGCGGGGGGGGGGGCCGGUCUCUCAGCAGGGGAAAAGGAGGAGGGGCGGGGAGACGGUCUGCCUGGCCCCGGGAACCUCCUUUACUUGGGCUGGAGAGGGCGGAAGCGGCCCCGGGGCAGGCUGGGAGAUGUAGUUCAUGACUCUCCUGGGAGCGGAAGUGACGUCGGCGGGGAGGCGGAGCCGGGCUGCGAUGGAGCGUUGGUCGCUCCGGCUCUGUCUGGCUCGCGCGGGGCCGUUGGAGCCUCUCCCGGGGCCGGAGAAGGGUUGCGGAAUAAUGUCCAUAUUUCGCUCCAGUUCAUCCCGUCCUCUCGUUGGACAGGAGAGAGAAAUGGCUGCAGAGGAGCCAGUUCAGGGGCCGGUGACCUUCGAGGAGGUGGCUGUGUAUUUCACCAGGGAAGAGGGGGCUCUGCUGAACCCCACUCAGAGAGCCCUCUACAGAGAUGUCAUGCAGGAGAACUAUGAGAAUGUGACCUCGCUGGGGUUUCCAGUUUCCAAACCUCAUAUAAUCUCCCAGCUGGAACAAGGAGAAGAGCCAUGGGUCCCAGACCUCCAGGGUUCAGAGGAAAGAUGGAUCCUGAGAGCUCCCUGCACAACAGGUGAUGCAGUGAUAAGUGAGAAAGAGGAGCAGAAUUUUCAGAAGGAAAAUGUCGAGCAAGUGGAUAAACUCAGAGCAUUUUCGCAAAGAUCGAAAAGGAAUGUGUCCAGGAGUGAAGAGCAGGGAAACGCCUGUGAGAUUCAGCACAAACCAGAAAGAGAGCUGGGAAACCAGCCAGGAGAGAGAAUGGGUAAAUAUAUUUUCUGCUGGGGAACUCAGAAGAGCAUCAAGGAAACCACAGCACAACAGGAAAUCCUCAUGGGAAAGAAGAAAAGUACAUGCUGUGAGUGUGGUAAAAGCUUCUCUCGCAGCUCAACCCUUUCUGUUCAUCAGAGAAUCCACAGGGGGGAGAGACCCUAUGAAUGCCAUGAGUGUGAGAAAUGCUUCACUAACAGAUCAGCCCUUUCUCAGCAUCAGAGAAUCCACACAGGGAAGAGAACCUAUGAAUGCCGUGAGUGUGGGAAAAGCUUCACUCAAAGAUCAACCCUUUCUAGACAUGAGAUAAUCCACACAGGGGAAAGGCCUUAUGAAUGCCGUGAGUGUGGGAAAACUUUCACUUACAAAUCAAGUCUUGCUGAUCAUAAGAGAAUCCACACAGGCGAGAGGCCCUUUGAAUGCUGUAAGUGUGGGAAAACCUUCAUUCACAGAUCAGACCUUUCUAAACAUCAGAGAAUUCACACAGGGAAGAGGCCCUAUGAGUGCCAUGAGUGUGGGAAAAGCUUCACUGAAGGAUCAGCCCUUUCUCAACAUCAGAGAAUCCACAUAGGGGAGAGGCCCUUUGAAUGCCGUGACUGUAGGAAAAAAUUCACUCACAGAUCAGCCCUUUCUCAACAUCAGAGAAUCCACACAGGAGAGAGGCCCUAUGAAUGCCGUGAGUGUGGGAAAACCUUCCCUCACAGAUCAUCCCUUUCUGUUCAUCGGAGAAUCCACACAGGGAAGAGGCCCUAUGAAUGCUGUGAGUGUGGGAAAAGCUACAUUGAAAGAUCAGCCCUUUCUAGACAUCAGAGAAUCCACACAGGGGACAGGCCCUUUGAAUGCAGUGAGUGUGGGAAAAGGUUCAUUACCAGCUCUCACCUUACUGGGCAUCGGAGAAUCCACACGGGAGAGAGGCCCUAUGUAUGCCGGGAGUGUGGGAAAAGCUUCACUCGCAGCUCAAGCCUUACUAACCAUCAGAGAAUCCACACAGGGCAGAGGCCCUAUGAAUGCCGGGAGUGUGGGAAAAGCUUCCUUCACAGUUUUCACCUUUCUAGACAUCAGAGAAUCCACACAGGUAAGCGACCCAAUGGAAGCAGUGAGUGUGGGAAAACCUUGUCUUCCCACUGAGCCCAUGUGAGCCGUCAGAGAAUCUCUAGCCUGAUUCUUGCUUGCAUAUUUAUACCUGCCUCUGGAAAUUUCCACUACAUGCAUCUGAUUAAGGGGGGAUUCACCCACAAAAGCUUAUGCGCCAAUACGUCUGUUAGUCUGCAAGGUGCCACAGGACUCUUUGUCACUUUGUACAGAGCUGGACUAACACAGCUUUAGCCCUCUGAUACUUGGAAGGAGAUGGGGUGACUCAGAGAUUCCCUCCUUCCCCAUCACGGCAGAACUGUUACCUUUUGUCUGAGCCAGGCAGAGUUUAUCGUCAUCACAUUCUACCCCUCCACUUCUCAAAGUGUCAUGUAAUAAAGUGUUCUCAGUUGUCUGUGCUUGGAGAUGAUGCUUUGAUUUAUUUAAUCCUAUGCCAGAAUCGCUAUGACUGGAGAGAUUUGGAAAGAUUUAAAGUGUGACACGAGAGGUAUUUUUCCUCAGGAUGCAAACAUUCUCACAUAGGAGACGCCUUCCACCAACACGCAUGGCAGAAGAACCAGAGAGAUAUGAACUCUCAGAAGUGCUGGGACAAACCACAACUUGAGCCAAUGUUCAGUUGUUGGCAAUGGGGAUUAAAAGAAAACUAAUUUAUAUGACAAGAAUUUGUGAUUUUUGAAUAUGUUAUUGUUACCAAUGAAAAUGAAAUUAUAGGUGGUUAUUGGUUAAAGAGUAAGAGACUAAUUGAUAAUCUGAAUUAUUUUGGAAAACUGAAA